AUGGAAGUUCCAGUAUCCUUCGAACGCUACGAUGACGAAUUCAGGUCUCUGAUUGGUCAAAUCGAGAAAUCGCUGGCACCCGAAGAGACGGGGAGUGCCAAUUUGACGCACAAUCUACUGCAGCAAUGUGAAGAUUUGAUCAAACAAAUGGCUCUGGAAGCCCGCGGUGUCCCCAAUCCCAACAUGAAACGCAAUUUGUUGGGAAAAGUCCAAGAGUGCAAAGCGACAUGGCGAUCGUUGAAAGAUCAAGCCAAUCAAAAGGAAUUGCUGUCGUCACAUGUCGAUGGCGGCGGCAAUGGCAAAUACCGCGAUCGGAUGCAAGGCAAUGAAGACAUGCUCAGUCGACAAAAUGACACGUUGGAGAAUGCACGACGCAUCAUGGAGGAAACCGAAGUAGUUGCCUUGGAAAUCACGGACGAAUUGGGACACAAUCGUGAAAAAUUAAUGUCGGCGCACGGACGCAUUCACGAAGUCACUGGUAUGACGGGACGAGCGCGACGACUCUUGGUCAGUAUGAAUCAACGAGCCGUGCAACAGAAAAUGUGCAUGUAUGGUGUGGCCGUGGCGGGUGCGCUAUUGAUCAUCUUUGCGUGGUGGGGAAUGUAA